GUUCACGACGUCAAGAUUCUUGUGUUGGACUUCGGACUCAGCUCCCUCUCACGAUGUUGAACAGUAUCUCAAUACCGGCCGCAUAGAUGCUGUGGCCUCCUACGCCGGCGCAAUGCGCACGAGGCUAUAUCAGAACUUCGCAAAAGUUCAGGUUACGCCCACAAUUUGCUUCGAGAGCGGCCGCCCUCCUACGACGACAUUAUGCCUCCGACGUUGACCGCUCCGUCAAUACUUCUGCUGCCGAUCGAAAGUCACUCGCGCGGGUCGCGAGUCCCAGAUAUAAUGAGAUCGGUAUACAACAAUUGAGCGACUCCCUUCAUCCCCAAGUCUUCCCUUCUGGGGCCACGCGACCUCGCCCAGAGCUGGUGGAAUUGUCCAAGGACCAUCUCCGUCGGCAUGAUCUCUUGGGAAAAAAUCAGGACAAUACCCCCGCCAUUGGCUUGGAUGCGCCCCCGGUCAUAGGGAGCAGUUUGGACGAGCACUUCACCAAACUGGGCCUCGACGCCGCCGAGCCGUACCUAUCGUACGGCAAGGCAUUUGUGCGAGCAAACACCCCCCAGAGGCCACGGAAAUGGGUAAUCAAAAGCGGCUGGACAAAAUAUAACGCGGACAUGACGACAGAAGAGGUGGAUGCGCCAGAUGACACCAUGCUAUCUUUCGACGUUGAAACCAUGUGGAGAGAAUCACCCUUCGCUGUCAUGGCCACUGCUGCCAGUCCUACAGCUUGGUAUGCUUGGAUAUCACCCUGGCUUCUGGGGGAAACAGCGAAUCCAAGGCAAUUGAUACCCUUGGGUGACCCAAGCAAACCCCGGAUCGUCGUUGGACACAACAUUGGGUACGACCGUGCGAGAGUUAAGGAAGAGUACGACUUGAAGCAGUCACGGAAUUUCUUUAUCGACACUAUGUCGCUGCAUGUCGCUGUCAACGGUAUGUGUUCUAGGCAGCGGCCAACCUGGAUGAAGCACAAGAAGAACAGGGAUUUGCGGGAUAAAAUGUCAAGCGAACACAACUCCGUCGAGCUUCAGAGGAUGCUUGAGAGUAAGAUGUUGAGUGAGGAAGAGGAGGAACUUUGGGUUGGCAGAAGCUCCAUCAAUUCGUUGCGGGAUGUGGCCAAGUUCCAUACGGGUAUUACAAUUGACAAGAGUCAAAGGGACUAUUUUGGCGAACUGGAUCGAGAAGGCAUCCUCCAGCGAAUCGAAGAACUGCUCGACUACUGCGCCGCCGAUGUGGCCAUCACACACAAAGUCUUCCAGAAAGUCUUCCCCAAUUUUCUCGAAACCUGUCCACACCCUGUCAGCUUUGCCGCACUACGCCAUUUAUCGACCGUCAUCCUGCCUGUUGACAAGUCCUGGGAUGAAUACAUCGAUCGAGCCGAGAAGACAUACCUCCAGAGACUCAAAGAUGUCGAGCAGCGACUUUUACAGCUAUCAGAUGCCGCUUUGGAAAACAAGGAUAAGCCGGAGGUCUAUAAUAACGAUCCGUGGUUGAAUCAGCUGGACUGGUCGGGUCAAGAGAUCAAAUACAAGAAAGCCAAGAAGAAAGGCGAGGAACCUGUCCCCGUCGCUCGGCAAAAGAAACCUGGCGCUCCUAACUGGUAUCGAGAUUUAUUCGCCUCCAACACGUCCCCAAUAAACUUGACAGUGCGAACAAGAAUUGCCCCGCUGUUAUUGAAGCUGUCUUGGGAUGGCUACCCUUUGGUAUGGUCUGACCAACAUGGUUGGACUUUCCGUGUCCCGAACCAGGAUGCCGGGAAAUAUGAGCACAGCAACGUUGUCAGCUGCGACAUGUCAGAAGAGACGAAUCUCAGGCUGAAGUCGGACUUCCAGCAUACGUACUUCAAGCUUCCCCACAAGGACGGACCAGCAGCACGUUGUGCGUCACCACUGGCCAAGGGCUACUUGCAGUAUUUUGAACAGGGCACCCUGUCCUCGAAAUUCACCCUGGCGAAAGAAGCUCUGGAGAUGAAUGCCUCCUGCUCAUACUGGAUCUCGGCCCGGGAUAGGAUCACUUCUCAGUUGGUGGUCAGAGAAGCCGAUCGAGAUCCCAGUCUGGCCGGAAAGUCCGAUCAGGGAUUUAUUCUUCCUCAGAUUAUCCCCAUGGGUACCAUAACCCGACGUGCUGUGGAGAAUACGUGGCUCACAGCCUCAAAUGCCAAAGCAAACCGAGUGGGAUCGGAACUCAAGGCAAUGGUCAAGGCACCGCCCGGAUACUGCUUUGUCGGCGCCGACGUCGACAGCCAGGAACUUUGGAUUGCCUCAGUUGUGGGUGAUGCCCAGUUUCAGCUACAUGGCGGAAAUGCAAUCGGCUUCAUGACUCUGGAAGGUACCAAGGCCGCUGGAACGGAUCUACAUUCCAAGACCGCAAAGAUUCUGGGCAUCUCUCGAAACGAUGCCAAAGUGUUCAACUAUGGUCGUAUCUACGGCGCCGGCGUCAAAUUCGCAGCAACCCUCCUGCGGCAAUUCAACCCUUCUCUGUCGGAACAGCAAACUAAUGACAUUGCGACGAAACUCUACAAAGAAACGAAAGGCACGCGUACAAGGCGCAAGAUGUUCGGCAAUGGCAGCUUCUGGCGAGGAGGCACCGAAUCAUUUGUCUUCAACAAACUCGAAGAAUUCGCCGAGCAGGAGCGUCCGCGCACUCCAGUGCUGGGAGCGGGAAUUACCGAGGCCCUCAUGCGGAGAUUCAUCAAUCAAGGCUCAUUCAUGACUUCUCGCAUCAAUUGGGCCAUUCAAUCCUCCGGCGUCGACUACCUCCAUCUGCUAAUAGUCAGCAUGGACUACCUAAUCCGGCGGUUCAACCUGGAUGCUCGCCUCGCGAUCACCGUACACGACGAAAUCCGAUACCUCGUCAAACAUGAGGACCGAUAUAGAGCUGCGAUGGCCUUGCAAAUCAGUAAUCUGUGGACACGGGCCAUGUUCUCCCAACAAAUCGGCAUCGAAGACCUUCCGCAGUCUUGUGCAUUCUUCUCAGCAGUGGACAUCGACCACGUUCUCCGCAAGGAAGUCGAUAUGGACUGCGUAACACCCAGCCACCCAGAGAAGAUCCCCCACGGGGAGAGUCUAGACAUCAACCAGUUGCUUGACAAGGGGCAAGAGGCAUAUCUGAACCCAGCCAUCGCGCCGAAAGAUGGACCGAUCGAUCUGGACCGAUAUGCCUACACGCCAAGACAAAGUGUCAUGUCGAGUCUGAACAGUUCGGGCGACACUGCUUACAUCAAGGCGCAGAUCACAAGCGACGAAAAAGAGUUGAAGGCCAUUAUCCGGGAAGCGGAGAACGAGGCGUCAUCUCGAUCGGCGUCAGAAGCUUCUCCAGCCGCCACGCCCAAGGGCUCGACCGGAUCUCGAUCUGCCUCUGGCUCUGGCUCAGGCACUCCGGGGCUGCCGCGGGGAAGACGCCCGAAACCAAAGGUCCCCAUCCCUCCGCACGCGCAGCCGCAGCGCGCAAUGCUGAUGGAGGUCGAGGACCGGUGGGACAUGGGAUACAAAAAGGCAUUUGGCCACGCCGGCCACGGUGGUAGCGCCGGCGGGGGCGUGCACAAGCCGUGGUUAACAGAGAAGAAGGCGCCGCCGGAGUGGUCGAGUCAGUGGGCAAGCGACGGAUGGGAGGUGUGAGACGGUGAGAUCAUGAGAUGUUCUUGUUCUUAAAUGAGACGGAAUCGUGUCUUUGUUUCCCGCCCAUCGUACGAAUGAUUACACGUUUGAUACACAUGUAGGUACUACGGUCGAGAUGCGCGGACGGCUCCCUGUCCUAUGGAUUCGGGGUUAUAUGGUAUGUACCGAGUACCUGUACUUUAUCUUGCAUGCAAAGUUCGGGGGCGCCAUGGAAAAGACCGUCGAUCAUGCGGCGGAUGUAUAAAAGAAAAGAGAGGAAAGGAGAGGAGAGGAGAUAAUAUGGCCUGUAAAAAUCCUUGAAAGAGGGCACUGUGUUGAGCUCUAUACUCUGAAUAGUGAAUACCUGCUUGAUCGUUUAUUUAUCUGUAGUAUCUAUACCUACCUCUUGUCAAUUGUGACAGUCAACGGCGA